AUGGCAUUCAUGCCUCGCUCCCACCUACCACCACCACUACCGGUCGACAUCGAGCGAUCCCCGACACAAGAGGGAAAGGAAGGCCAAACAGGCACUCUACUCAUCAUGAGCAGCAGUCAGAGCGAACUUCGCAGUCGCAGCCACGCUCACGGCUCGCAGCACGGUGCUCAUCACUCCAGCGCGCCGGUCGUAGUGUCCAACGCGAAUCACAAUCACGUUGCGUCUGCUCGACAUUCCAAGGACAAUCAAAAGUCCCAUCUUACUACUCAGAACGCAAAUACGGUCCUCGCGGCAAAGUACGCCGAGACGUUGCGCCUAGCAGAAGCGGACCGGUCUCCUCCUCUCCUCUCUCGCUUGGCCCUGCUUUGCUUUGUCGCGCUGCUCAUCUUUUACGCGCUCAGGGGCAGAGCGCAAGUGUCUGGAUGGAAGAUGAUCAAUGAGCGCAAGCUUGCACUUGGUACUGCGGCACAUCCUCAGCCAAAUGGAUGGGUAGAAUGGAUGGACCUUUUAGGACCUUUUCAAAAUCUAGUUCACAUCAGACAGGCAAGCUCGAUGGGUUUUGCCGGUCAGGACGACGAGGAAGCCUUGCGAGGCUUGCAAUGGGCCGCAGGAACGCAAGACUUUUGGUCCGAAGGUGAUUAA